AUGUGUAAUGCUCGUUCUGCUUCGACCCCUCCUGCCCCUGCCCGUGCCUGCCAGGCCGCACCAACCACGUUGACCUCGUCAUGCUCCCCACCGGCUCCUGGCCGCGCUGGUGCUGGUUCUGCAGGGGCAGUGGGCGGUGCUACUGCGCGUGCUGCCUGGGCACGGGGGAGAAGCGCGGCCUCAUCGGCUUCCACUGACCACCCGCCUCCUUCAUCGCCACCCACUCAUCGCCGCCCUCCUUCACCACCACCCACUCAUCGCCGCCUCCCUUGUGUGCUUGGCGUCUUUCAUCUCAUGCGGUCACAGUGCCUGUGUCCUCCACUUGGGCGUACAUUCCGCGUUCGGAUCAAUCACGCGUCGGUUGCCAUGCGCAUGUCAUCGCCGCCCGUCAUGCCGCCGGAUCCCUUGGCGGCGAGCCGUUCUCCUGGCGAAGCGAGAGAGAAUCCCAAACCCGCCCGCGCCUCGCACGCUCGUCGCGCUGCCGUCCCGCUGCUGCGCGCCGUCCGUUCUCUGCUUGCGUCACUUGACCAACAGCGAUGCGCCGACGUGGCAGCGAGCGACUGUUUGGAAGAUGCAGUGAGCCUGCUGUGCGACCGCCUGGAAGUCCUCCGCGCCGCCCACUCGCGGCUGGACGGCACGCGGCGCGGGGAAGGGCAGAGCGGGGAAGGGCAGAGCGGGGAAGGGCAGAGCGGGGAAGGGCAGAGUGGGGGAGGUAAGAAGGCGGAAGGGAAAAGCAGGAGAGGCAGGAAGAAGGCUCGGCGCGGCGAGAAGGGGAAGGAGAGGAAGGGAGAAGUGGAUGGUGGGCGCAGGGGGGAAGACGCGCGGACGUCUGGCGGCACGGCGGGUGAGAUCAGGGCGACGGUCGCGCGAUGUACACUGGCCGAGGGGGAGGGGGGGCUGGCGGAAGGGGAAAAGGGCGAUGGCGGACUAGCGGGUGGGGGUAAGGGGAGAGGGAUGGGGGAGAGAGAAGCGCGCGUGAUGGCGAGGGCGGUGGCGGUGGCUGACAGCGGCGACUGGGGCGCGCUGCUGGCGUGCGGGCAGUGCUGGGGGGGCGCCGGAGAGGGCGGAGAGGGCGGAGAGGGCGGAGAGGGCGGGGAGGGCGGGGAGGGCGGAAAGGGCGGAGAGGGCGGAGAGGGCGGAGAGGGCAGAGAGGGCGGGGAGGGCGAGUGGGAGCACGUGUGUCGGCGCUUCCCUGCUGCCCUCGAUGCCAUCGAGUCUGCUGCUGCCUCGCUCCUCCUCCUCCUCUGCCACUCCCUGCGCCACUCCCCUACCCCUCCACACCCACCGCCAUCUCAACGCCCCUCCUCUGCUUCCGCCUCUCACCCCCCCUCCCGCAGCCCUCUGCUCCCCUCGCCCCUCGUGCUGCCCCUACGCGCGCCCUUCCACCGCCUGCUCCCCCUGCUGCUGCGCUCCCCCUGCCCCUCCGCGCGCCUACAGGCUGCGCGCGCCCUCGCUCUGCUGCUCGCCGCUAUCGCCCGCGGCGUCACUCGCGGCCGCGGCUGCUUCCAGUGGGGGCGCGCGCUGGGGGGGACGCAGAGGGGCGCGCAGGAGGGCAUGGGCGCAAGCAAGAGGGGUGGGGGGUUGCGAACAGAGGCGAGGACGAGGGGAGAGGAGGUGGGAGGGUGGAUGAGGACGGAGGGGAUGGAAGGGCAGGGUGGCGGAAGGGAGAGGGCAGCAGGAGGAGCAGGGCGAGGGCAGGAGGAGAGGGAGGAUGGCGCAAGAGGUGGCAGGGCGCUCUUGUGUUCUGCAGUGGGCGCGUGCUCUGGUGCAGGGGGAGCAAUGGGGGAAGCAAUGGGGGAAGCAAUGGGGGAAGCAAGGGGGGAAGCAAGGGGGGAAGCAAGGGGGGAAGCAAGGGGGGAAGCAAGGGGGGAAGCAAGGGGGGAAGCAAGGGGGGAAGCAAUGGGGGAAGCAAUGGGGGAAGCAAUGGGGGAAGCAAGGGGGGAAGCAAUGGGGGAAGCAAGGGGGGAAGCAAUGGGGGAAGCAAGGGGAGAAGCAAGGGGGGAAGCAAGGGGGGAAGCAAUGGGGGAAGCAAGGGGGGAAGCAAUGGGGGAAGCAAGGGGGGAAGCAAUGGGGGAAGCAAGGGGAGAAGCAAGGGGGGAAGCAAGGGGGGAAGCAAGGGGGGAAGCAAUGGGGGAAGCAAGGGGGGAAGCAAGGGGGGAAGCAAGGGGGGAAGCAAUGGGGGAAGCAAGGGGGGAAGCAGUCGGGGGAGAAAGGCAGGAAGCAACAGUUGGGGGAGGCGGAGCAACAGUUGGGGGAGGCGGAGCAGCAGCAGGGAUGGUGGAGAGUGCGGGGGUGCGGUGGGUGGUGGAGGCAUACGGUGCCAUGGUGCCGUCACUGCAUCGCAUGCUCUCCCACUCACACCCUCGCCUCGUGCUCGCUGCCCUCACUGCCCUGCACCACCUCCUCACUCUCGACCCGUUGCCAGCAGCCAAUCGCAUCGCGCGCAUGGCUCUGCCUGCCCUCGCCCGCCUGCUGCACGCACACCCCCUCCCUCCGCCUCGCGUCGCCCCCUCCUCGCCCACCGCUGCUGCCCCUGGCCUGGGUGAUGGCUCUCGGGGAGGGCCAGCGGGCAGGGCGACGCAGGCAGCGCCAGGGGCAAGAGAGCAGGGCGCAGCGGAAUGCGCAGCAGAGAGGGAGGGGCACGCAAGCUUGUCCGCGCUGCACCGCUGCUCGUGUGCCACGUUGCUUGGCCCUGCCCAUGGGAGUGCCAGCGAUGGGAGCGGGGAGAUGCCCGGAGCAGGAGGCGAUGAGGGAGUGAGGGAGGUGGGUGCAGUCAAAAGGAGGGAAGGGGGCACGGGGCGAGGGGAUCAAGCAGUGGGGGCAAAUGCAGCGCACCGCACCCCCUGUGCCACCCCCCGCUCGCCUGUGUGCCCUCUGUCCUGGCAGCAGCGGGCUGCGGCGCUGCUGCUGUGUCUGGCAGCGCGCUCCCUCGACCUGCUGCUCCUCGCCUCCGCGCCGCCCUCCCUCGCACUGCUCGUCGCCGCCGUCAGGGGUGCAGGCGGCAGCGGUGAAUGUGGAAGGGGUGCCGGCUGUGGGGGUAGGGGGAAAGGGGGAGGAAGAGCUCGGGAUGGCGAGAGGGAAGCGGGGGCAGGAGAGCGGGGUGUGCAGACCGGGGGGUGUGCGGGAGGUGCAUGGGGUGGCGCAGAGAGGGGGCAUGGUGUGCAUGGAAGGGGCAGCAGUGAGUGCAUGUGUGAGUGCACACGUGCGUGCGUGCCUGCCUGUGCCACCCUGCGUCCGGCCCUAUGGUUCUCGCACGGUGCGGUGGCAGCGGUGAGGGUGUGGGCAGCACACGCGCUGGCAGGCAUGGCGGGGCAGCGGCGUGCGCGGAGGGGCAUGGUGCAGGCGGGGGGCGUGCAGGCGCUGCUGGCGCUGCUGGGGGAUGCCCUGGCGGGGGAGAGGAGUAUUGGGGGGAAGUGGGUGAGGGGGGGUGGGGAGAGGGGGUUGCUGGGAAUGGGGAAGGGAGGUGCCGGUGAGAGGGGGGAAGAAGGGGAUUGGGGGGCCGAGGAACAAGGCGGAGAGGGCGAGUGGUGUGGCGGGGGAGAGGGGGAGAAGAGGGCGAGGAGGAGGGGAAACAGCACAGCCACCUUGCCACAGCAGUUGUCACCCACCCGCACGCCCAGUCCCCAUCCAUCGCCUCCUCCCGCUCUCCAGUCUGCCCAUGGCGCCCCGCCCCUCAACCACCUCCCCCGCAUGCUGCUUGCCCAGCUCACAGCAGCCACAGCCGUGGGUCUGCUCGCCUGCCACACCGACCCACCUCUCCCUUUCCUGCCCGUCACCGCCACCCCUCUCCUCCUCACCAUGCUGCUCCGCGCCUCAGCUGCCCUCCCCUGCGUCCCCCCCUCUCACUCCACCCUCCCACCCCCUGCUCCCUUCCUUCCUCCUCCUCUGUCCCUCUUGAACCACGCUCCUGCGCCCUGCCCUGGCCCCUCGCCCCCCGCCACUCUGCUGAAUGCGCUCAACACGCGCAGGCAGCAGGUGGCCCGCGAGGUGCUGCUGCUGCUGGCGCGCUGUAGGCAGGGCGGGCGCGAGGAGGGGGGCGGUGGUGAGGGGGAGGGCGCACGGGCAGUGGUGGGGGAGGUGGUGCGGGCGCUGAGGGGCAUGGUGGGACGGGUGGGAGAGAUGAAGGGGCUGCAGCAAGAGCAGAGCACCAGAGGGGAGGGGGGGAUGAUGCAGCAGCAGCAGCAGCGGCUGCAGGAGCAAGAGCAGGAGUAUGGGUGGUGGAGGGAGCAGGUGGGGGUGGCACGGCAGCAGGCAGCACUGGUGGAGGUGCUAUGUGAGGUGGCGGGCUCUGCAGGCGGGCUGCACGCUGCCGUGGGUGGCGGGGCCGUGCACGCUGUGAGCGCCGUGAUGGCCGUGCUGGCAGCGCGCCGGGGCGAGGGGCACGAGGGGUUGGAGAGCGAGCAGGGGAGGCGCGAGGGGGGCGGGGAGGAUGCAGAUGGGAGCACGGCGGUGGGAGGGGGGGCAUGCAGAGGGGGGCGUGAAGGUUGCGAGGAUGAGAGGGGUGAGGAGGUGUGCUGGUGGGUUGAGGAGGGGAGAGUGGAGGCAGGAGAUGGGGAGAGCGGGGGAGGGGGAGAGUGGAGAGCGAUAAUGAUGGGAGUGAAGGAUGGGGUGGAGGAGCAGGAGGACGGCAACGAAGGAAGGGGGGAGGGUGAGAGUGCAGAGGGAGAGGAUGGGUGGAGUGAGGAGAGUGAGGAGAGUGAGGAGAGCGAGGAGGAUGAGACGCCUCUGUGGCAUCUGUGGCAGAUGCAUAUCGACGGGCAUGUGCAUGGGCAUGUGCAUGGGCGUGUGGAUGGGCGUGUGGAUGGGCGUGUGGAUAUGGAUAGGCUUGCUGUGAUGGCUUCGGAUGGUGGGGAGAGUGCGAGUGACAGUGACAUGGAUGAGGGGGAGGAGGGGGAGGAGGGGGAGGAGGAGGUUGAGGAGGGUGAGGAUGAGGAGGAGGACGAGGAGUAUGAGGAGUGGGGAGGAGAGGAAGCUGGGGUUGCGGAUGGGGAUGGCGAGGAGGGGGGGGGAGAGGAGAGGUGGGGAGUGCAGCGCGGAGAGGCUGGGCGUUCACAGGUGCAGCUGAGGCUGCUGCAGACUCUGUUCGGCCGGGGGUUGGGCGGCGGGACGAGUGAGAGUAGUAGUGGGGAUGAUAAUACUGAGGAGAGUGAGAAUGAGGAGAGUGAGAGUGGAGAGAGCGAGGGAGAGAGUGAUAGAGAGGAGAGUGAGGGGAUCGAUGAGGAGAAUGAGGAGUGUGAGGAGAUGGAGGGAGAUUGUGAGGACGAGAGUAAGGAUAGUGAGGGCAAGAGGGAGGGUGUAAAUGGCAAAGAGGGAGACAGCGAGAGUAGGGAGAGUGAGGGAGGGGGUGCAGACUUGAGUGAUGGGGAGGGCGGGGGCAUGGCAGGGGAGGGGAGUGGGGCGGGCGAGCACUGUGCGCGUGCUGCUGUUGAGGGCAGGCGGGGCGCUGAGGAGGAUGCGGUGGACAUGGAGAUGGGCGGGGUGGGGGGGCGGGGGAUUCAUGGGCGAUGGUUGGGAGGUGGAGUGGAAGACGAGAGAAAGGCUGUGGAAUGCCGCAUUGAUGGCGCUGAUGGCGCACUGGCAGCAAACUCGGCGGCGGUGGUGGCAGCAGCACAGAGGGUUGAGCGGGAGGGAGCAGGUGUGAGGUGUCCACACGGCAGCCGGCACUGCCUGGCUUGGCUGCCUGCGUGGUGGGGGGAGAGGGAGGAGAGGGAGGGCAGGGAGGGCAGGGAGGGCAGGGAGGGUAGGGAAGGAGGUUCAGAGAGAGAUGGUGGUGGGUGUAUCAUGUUGGAUGCAGAGACUGGCAGGGGCGAUGGUGGCAAGGGACAAGUUGGCGUGGAGGACGAGCGUGGUGUCAGGAGCUGUGGUGCGAGGUGCAGUGCGGUGGCUGUGUGGGACGCACGUGAGGGGAAGGGCGCAGAGAGCGGGCAGGUGAUGAGGCGGCAGGGUGGGGCAAAGCGGAAGGCCGAGGAAAAGGAGAGGGAGGGGGUGGAGCGUGAGGGAUGCAAGAGUGGUGCUGUGGCUGUGUGCUGGGAGAGGGGUGAUGAUACGUCAGUGGAAGGGGAAGAGAGGUGUGGGGGGAACAUACGGGGGAAUGGGCGAGGGCUGGAAGAUGCGUGUGGAGGGGAGGGAACGGCAGCAGUAGCUGCAUCAGCAUCACAGGCAGGGGCAGAGCAGGGUGGGUCGGAGAAGCAAGGGGCAUGGAGGGCAGAGAAAGUGGAGGCACUGAGGGAGGAGGCCCGGCAGGAGCAGCGCCUGCUGUGGCGGCGCUGCCUGCACCUGCUGGCUCUGCUCUCCUCUGAUUGGACGGCCUGCUCCCACAUGGUGCAUGCUGGCCUGCUGCCUGCCCUGCUGCAAGCCAUCGCCUGCUACCCCUGGCAGCGCCACCCCGAGGUGGGCGCUGAGGGCACUGGGGGCACUGUGCUGGGCAGAGGCGGGGAGGGAGCGGCGGCGGUGGAGGUGGUGAGCAACGUGGUGAGGGUGCCGUGGUUGAGGCACACGGCUGCAGAGGCAGGCGCGCUGGCAGUCAUGCAGAGGGCAGCACGGCUCAUGCAGGGGCGGGGUGGGGUGGUGCAUGGUGAGGCGAGGAGGCAUGCAGUGCAGGCAGCGAUGCGGCUGUGCGAUGUCAAGUAUGCCGUGCAUGGGUGA